UGUAUUUAUAUCUGACCGAACCCCAACCUGUUCCUAAUCUAAUCUGUUGAUGCACAGAAGUCUCCAGAGUUUUUGUUUUCGAAUUGGAGAUGCUCUCAUGCCCUGGCUUGCUCUGAGAAUCACUGAUGUACUUAACAGAGAUGCAACAGAAACAAAAUUAGAAACAAUUUUAGGAGAAAAAAAAAAACAACAACACAGAGGUUAGAAAGAUAUAAUAUUUGGGCUGCAUAAAACAAGAAAUAUUGGGUUCGUGUAACUUCAGAAGCAACCAGUGCGACUCUAACUGGUUCUACUGGGUGAACGCGGAGUGCCACAGGUGGAUCUUAUUGGUCAGUCGCUGCUUCUGUGGCGUCCAUAAAACGGACGACAGGAGCUCCGGAGCGGAGACCGAGCGUGAGGGCGCAGAGGAGCCGCGCUGCGUAUCCAGAGAAAACACCUGUUACUGCAGGACUGCAUGCAGAGGGGCGCAAAAAGAGGACGCCACGCUCUUCAGUAAUCCCAAGCUCUUGAGUGAAACCUGCUCCCUUCCUCCCACUGUCGGGUGGGAAAAUGUGGGUUCUGGAUAAGAUCCGUGACUCGGUGGAGACUGGUGUGCUGAGACAAGGAGACAAUGGUAACAGGAAGGCUGUGGCUCCAGCUUACAGCAAUGUUCUCACUCCCGACAAGAUCCCAGAUUUUUUUAUCCCUCCAAAGCUAGUCAGCUGCCCCGCUGAGCCUGAGGCUCCGAGCAUCAAGCCUAAGGAGAGGCUGCAGCCGUCCACCUCUGAGCAAACCAUCAGCAGCAACAGGAAGAUCAGCAGUCCAAGAAGCCCUCGACUGGUGGCCAAGAUUGCAGGAGAUACAAAGAACCUGCUGAGAGCAGCGAAUCGCCACAUCAUCCAGAUAGAAAGUGCUGAUGAUGUCGUGGCUGGGGACACCAAUGCAGACCCCCAGUCGCAGACAGCGAUGUCUCUGCCCUACGUUCCUAAGACCCAAACAUCUUAUGGCUUUGCGACCCUAAAGGAGAGCCCUCACACUAGACGCAAAGAGUCACUGUUUCACUGCGAGCUGACCAGUCCCAUCACCUCCCCAAACACCCAGAGAAAGACUUCUGGCAGGGGCAGCGAGACAGGGAACCAUCUGACCCCUGCUGACUGCACCACCUCGCACAUGAACCCUUACCGUUACUUCAGUGGUGGAGAAAGUGACACCUGCUCUUCUGCAGAGUCCUCUCCCUUCAGUUCUCCGUUGCUGUCCCGCUCCGCCUCCCUUCUCAAAAUCUUCACUCAUGAGACACAGGCCAAAGUGGUGAAGGCCAAGCGCACGCUGGCGCGCCACAGCUCCCUGUCCACGGACGAGUGCAGCUCCGCCGAGCCCAGCCCCAACGUCCAGCGGCGGCUUCGCGUCCCGUCCCUUCAUGGCACCACUGGAGCAUCUGACCACGGCCUCCAGCGGGAGCACACCAUCAACCUGCACAAGGGAGGCACGGUGAGGAUCAGCGCUAACUACGACUCCAGCACAUCACGCCUGCUUAUCCGCGUCCUGGCAGCUGAGAGUCUGUACGACAAGCACGUCGACAUCAAAAGCAUCAACUGCUGCGUGUCCGUGUACCUGAAUCCAGGCAAGUUGCAGAAGCAGAGGAGCAACAUCAUCAAGAACAGCCGCAACCCAGUCUUCAAUGAGGACUUCUUCUUUGACUCCAUUAGCUCUGUUCAAGCAAAGAACCUUUCUGUGAAGUUCAAGGUGGUGAACAAGGGCACCAGCCUGAAGAGGGACACGCUGCUGGGAGAAAGGGAAGUGCCACUUACAAAGUUGCUCCCAGGACUCUAAAGCCACAGGAGGUGGAGCCUAAAUGGAUAAUUUGGGAUUUUUAAAAGAGGUUCUGAUAAAAGGUCAUCUAACCUACUGAAGAUAACUCUCUUGGCCUCUUAAUUUAGUUAGUUAGUUAGUUAGUUUAAUUUCAGACCUAUUGGUUGUGGAGACUAAGCUAAAUGCUAGUCUGAAAUUGGCCGAGACCAAAGAAGACUCCUACUGUCAUAAAACAAGUCUGAUCUCGAAAAUAAUAUUAUGGAUUAUGAAAACAUAAUUUGAAUCAUCUAAUCAAGUUGAUGACUUACAGAGAUGUCUAAAAUUAUUUACAUUAUUUACAUAGCAAUGAUCUUCUUGUGUGAAGCAUAAAAAGAGAACAGAACAUACAAAAAUACCUUACAUCAGUUCAUCUGCACACUAUUUCAUUGGUUUGUACUCUGCCUUACUCUUCUGUCAUAUUAAGGCUCUGUCUAUUUUAAUGUCCAGGUAUAGUUUUGUGUAGGUCCUUUUCUGAUCCAUUUCUGUCAAUUAGGAGCAGAAUAAAUGCUGCCAUUUAUUCUGCUGCUCUUGACCUCAAACAGCUAGUCUGUUAGACUAGCUGUUAGCCUAAGCCUGGUAACCAACUAACCUGGAUGUAUAAUAAAGACGCCAAGAGAGGUACUUGCUGCAGGUAAGAUAUUAACUGCAUGUAACCUUUCAACAGAACCUUACUUCAAAAAAUCCCAAACAAUCCCUUUAAAAGCCAAGGAUUCUGGCUACAACUUUACUUUGGUGUUUGCACUGUUCACUCAGUGAUUCUAAGUAUGGAAAAUAUAUGAAGAAAAAAGGUUUUACCUUUAGUUCAGAAAACAAACCCCCCAAUGUAUAUGGAUGUAUAUUGAGGUCAAGGUCUACUGAGAUUCUUCUCCUGAUAAGGCAUUGUCAUUAAAUCAAACCCCAACAGCAACAGAUGAAAGCUCUCCAUUCUGAGCACACCUCCGGGCCAAUGUCCUGAUCCAGGACCUCCUGGUUCAAAGGUUGGACGGCACCUGUGUGUCAGCCUGUCUCCUGUCCUCCACCUCCAACGUGUUCGUCGUGGUUUUAUUUUUGAAAUGUGACAGAAAUCCACGGAGGCGCAGGAUUUUUUUGCAUUGGCUCCACCAUCUGCCGACAUAGAGAUGCUUUUGUGAAUGAGUGCGUGCUUUGAAGUGGCCCUAGAUCCUGAUGUGCAAAUGAUCCUUUGAUCUGCAGGGGGAGGGCAAGGAGCGAAAAGAGUGGCCACAUUUACAUGCACAUCAAAAAUGGAAUUAUAAUAUGAUUGAUUAAGAAAAAGACUGGAAUAAUCUGAUUAAAAAUCUUAAAAUUAGAAAUGUUACACAGUGACACAUAUCUGCUGUAAAACAAAUGUAUGGUGCAGUUGUGGGAUUAGUUGCUUUGUACAUUUUUCAUGUUAAACUACAUGUUUUUUACAUCGGAAUUUUGCUCUAACAGACUAGAUCUUAGCAAGAUUAUAAAAAAACACAAAACAGGGCAGUUUUUAAUCAUGUUUUAUUAAUACUAUAUUUUAUGCAGCAUCCUGUUACUGCACUUAUUAGUUUAUGCUUCAUAUUAGAUUUUUAGCUGAAUCUAAACCAGUCAGUUUGAAUAUAAUUAUUUGGGGUCUUCAUGCAAACAUCUUAAAAACCAUAAGACAUCCAUGUGAACUGUGCCUCAACAUGCCUGCUUGAUCCAAUAUCAAUAAACUACCCAAAUAAACCCUUCUUUCAACUUAUCACCACAUCUACAACAUACAGUUAAUAUUUUAAAGGAAGGAUUUUGGCAAAAGUUGAUAUUUUUUAACUGCAUGAGCAUUUUCUGUGUAUCUGAUUACCUGCAAUCUAAUAAAUGAUGCACAGAACAAUAAAGAAUAUAUUGUGGGAGGAAUUUUUCACUUUUAUGAUUAAGAAAAUUGCCCCUCGCCUUAUGCUCAUCAGCAUAAUUAGUUUUCCCUCCACAACUGAUUAUGCUAAUAAAGACAUGCUUGUUUAAAAUCGCAAAUAGUUCUCUAUUUAGAGGCUCCCAACACAAAGUUUGAUUAUAAUAUAUUUUGACCGUCUGAUAAUCUAUUGCAUAAAAAAGAUGCACGGCAACCGGGGGAAACCAGUAAUCCUAAAUCAGUUUGGUUUUUAGGAUUUAAUGCAAGAUUAUUGUAUGUAAACUCACUGUUAUCUCACUUAUGUGACUUUAAACAGUGUGAAAAAUUUUUUUAAAAGCUAAAAUCAAUAGAAUAACUUAAUUAGGUGAAGUAAAAGAUGUAAUCAUUAGUUACACAUCAAAACGGUCUGGGAUACAUAAUGAAAGUACAAAAUAUUUUACAGAGGCCUCUGCACAAGUUUGAUGCCAAUGCUUUUAAUGGCCUCACUCAUGCAGGCGUCAGUUUACAUGCAGACAAAAUGUCAAAACUUGAAUACUUGAAUAAUAAUCUGUUUUAAGGAAUAAUAUUAUGAAACCUUGGUAUGUCAAAACUCGAAAUGUUGCUGAGUAUAAAAAUGGCAUUAACUGGUGUUACAAACACAGCAUCUAUAGCUCAUUAUUACUCCAGCAACAUAAGAACAAGCAGAUCUCUGCAGACUAAAUGUAGCAAAAAUGUCAUCUUACAAAUAUUUUACAGUAAAAUACUGUAGUUUCAGUACUAUUAAAAAGUACUAAAUGUACACCACCACCCUUUUCUAGUGGGUCAGGGGACAUGAUUAAAAGUAAGGGUUGGCAAUACACCAAAAAUAUCUAAAUUUCUGUCUCUAUUGCUGUCUAUAGCAACUGUCCUAUAGAAACAUGGUAGCUCAUUGAAACCCAAUGACAUCUCUGAACAAAUUUACACCCAGUUUUUGAAAUAUUGCAAAUAUUGCAGAAUUCUUUGCCAACGAUCCACCCAAAAAAUAUUCUAAUUUUAAAGGUAAACAAAAAGACUACCACUCAGGUAAAGUGCACUGUUGUGAUAUAUAUAUAAUUUCCUCCAUAAUAAUAUAUCACUGUUGUGAUAUAUAUAUAAUUUUAUAUUGUAUGGGGAGAGGUCUUGACAAACAAAGGCCCAGUGUUUGCAGUAAUAAAUAUAACAUAUUUAUUUGGUUGAUGAAGAUUGUUUAGCCUCAUGAUUGAUCUGUUCUGAUUUUCUAGCUACAGCUGCACAGUGUGGGCAACCUGAUUAAAUCUUGUGCAACAAAGCAACAGGCCCUCGCCAAAGGGGUACGUGACUAUCAUUAGUUUGACUCCUGAUACCUUAUUGGCCUCUCAUAUCAGCUUAAAGGCUCUUUUGGACAUGUUUUCUCCACUUUAAUCAAUUAGCACUUGUUAAGGUAAAACUUUAAAUGCUCGCUUAAGCACAUUUUGAGUGAUGUUGGGAGGUGGACAAAAGACAAUUUUAUUAAACUCAUCAAACCAUGUAAAAAUUUAAAAGAAGUCAACCUUCAACAUAUGCAACCAGUCUUUAGCCGUAGUGCCUCUGUAUUAGCAGUGUGCAUGUAAAUGUGUUAAUUUAUUAAAUAUAUGUAUAGAUUGGAGCAUUGGUGUCACAGUGCGUACCAGCUGCAUGGUAUCAACAUGUCUCUGGUGUUUGCAUGACAUCCUCAAAGAUUUCUGAAACCCUAAAGCCUUACUUUGCAGGUGUGUGUGUGUGUGUGUGUGUGUGUGUGUGUGUCUGUGUGUAGGUAGUUUUGUUUGUUGUGUGUGUGUGUGUGAGAGAGAGAAAGGUAGUUUUGUUGUGUGAGUGUGUUGGAUCUGCAUGAUUUUGUCUGGAGUAUUUUUUUGUAAAAUGCUUUUGAAAUAAUACUUGGUGUAUGUUGGAUUUCUACUGUAUUCAACUAAUCACUGUAAGCAGCAGCAGUUACUUCUGUCAAAUAAUUAAUUAUGCACCAGCCAACGAGAAGUGCUGAUGAGCGAAACUCGAGUUCCAGCUUUAACGAAGCCAUUUGGUUGACAGAGGUGGGAGGAAGCAGGAAACAGACGAUUCAGACAGCAAAACAGCAAAGAAAACAACAUAACGUGCUUAAAUGAAACAGCAGCCCUCUCUUUUACUGUUGCGCCUGAAGAAAUAGCAAAUGAUUGCAGCUCCGAGUGCUUGGGGGAGGAGAGAAAGAAAGUGACUGAUGCUUCUCACUCGCUCGCCAAGGCUUCUGUUAAAGACUUUUUCCUUCAGACGGUGUUUGCUGCCCACUUGUAGCUCCUCUAUUAAUGUGCUCUAUAUUACUUAGUAUACAGUGACACUGUUGACUGUUUAAUGAUGGUAUAGAUUUGGUAAAAAUGUUGUAAUCUCUGCUGCAAACCUGUGUUGAGCCACUCAUAAACUUGCUGUACUUUAGAUUUAAACUUCUGGUAUUACCAGUCUCUCUCUGAGCUUUCUUCUGGCAUGGCUGAACUUUCUCAGUUGUAGCUGUGCUAAAUUUUGGUAAAAUGUUAUUGUGCUUCUGUGUCUAUUCAAGUAAAACUUUGCUUCAGUCACAAAGAGUGAUCCUUAUUAUAAUGCACUAAACACAUAAUAGGUGUGUUUUGCUGAUUGUUUGAUAGUGUCCUACUUUUAAGGCUUUGCAGCAGUGCUCUGUCAGUUUAUUAUGUAGCUAAGCACUUGAUAGAAAUUAGUCUAAGGCUGGAGAAUCUGAGUGUGUCUAUAUUAAUUGGUCAUGUUUUGAAGAAACUGCUGCUUUUAGUGAUCCACUGUACCCAAAAAAACUUUAAAAGAAACAUUGAAAAGCCUUAAAAUAGGUUAAACUGUUAUUGCAGCUGCACAAUCUGAAACAGAAAAAAUCCAACCUUUAAUUUGAAGACAUUUACUCAGUAGGGAAAGUUGCAUGUUAAUAAAUAACUGUUUUGAAUGAAAUCCUCACUAAAAUAAAUGUUAACAUAAUGUAGGUUUUUUAUGUACGCUCUUGUCUUUUAACUCAAUCUGAGUCUUUUUUAAUUUACUUUUAAUUAGCCUUUCUUAAGUUGAACUUGAAACAGAGACCUAUUUAUUUGACAUACUCUUCAAAAUGGUAAAGACAAGAAAACAUGACAUUCAAGGAAGCCUGAUGUGUUUUGAUCUUUAAAAGCCAGGAAAAUGGCGAAAGGUAAACACCCACAUAUAGUUAAAAAGCCUAAAACAAGUGGAACUGUGACAAAUAAGGCUGAAUAAGGCAUCAGGUUUAUGUUGCCACCCUUCAGUUUUAGGGCUUUUUACACACCUUUACCACAGGGGCCUCUAGUUGUGGAAGCUUUAAAAUGGGGCCAGCGUUCUAUCAGGCAUUGAAAGGUUUAUUAGUUUUCCUUGUAAUUAAGUUUUCACCAAGCAUGAAGAGAGUUUUGUCACACAAAUCUUGGUUAUUUUCCCAAUCUUUUGACUGAAUGUAUUUCUUACAGAUAUUUCUGUUUCUGUUAUAAGGUGUUUAUUAAACAGAGGAUUCCUCUCAUGGUCAGUUUAAUUUGCUUGACUUGCUUGUCUGUUUUAUUGGACAGCUGUUAGAGGUGGAAAGUCCUGAGAAUCCCACUAUAGUCACCCUGCUAACAACAGCGAGGAACAUCCGAUUAUCUCUGUAUUACGAACAGUUCAACGCAAUAUGUCAAUCUGUUAAACAAAGUGCAACCAUAGUGUUUCAGUUUAUUUCUCUUGGUGGGUUAGCAUUUUUGAUGAAUUGUGGAGAUAAAUAAUCAUACAAAUUCUAGGGUUUGAUUAAUAAUUAAUUUUUGAAGAUUUUCUUUUUGCCACCUAUUUUAGUUGAUAAUGGUUCUGAUCCAGAUUGGGCCAAUACAAUAAUUUUUUGACUAGGGUGACUAAAACCACAGAUUUUAAAGGUAACAAGUAACCAAAGCUUUCACUGCGGUUGGGGAAACAAUUAGGUUAUGAGGUUAAACUCCAAUUUAGCUUUUUUGAAGAUAUUAAAACACUGCUGGGAUUAUUAUUUGCCAACUUUCUUCCCCUUUACACCAAGUUCCUUCAAAUUAUGUUCCAAAGUCUUGCCUGAACAUCAGAGUAAAAGCAGGCAGUUAAAUGGUUCAAGUUUUAGAUUUCUGCAGAGAGCUUUGAGACAAAAAAAAAGCAGAAUGUCCUUUUAUGUUUGCACUGUUCUGCAUCAGUAGUAACUGUUUGAAAUGCGGAAAACGUUUCGGCGACACGUCAUGCUUGAGUCACGAGGCAAUGAUAAAGAUGUCAAAGUUUACAGGAGGUGUGGUGUUGAAAUAAGUUGUGAAACUUGAAGACCUAGACUAAGGAAUGUUGUUUCUCCUAUCAGUUUCCCCUCAGACAGCAGAGUUCACAGCUCUUCAGAGUCCCUUCAGUAAUUAUAUUUCAAUUUUGAUUAAUUCGGUGUUGUUUGAUUUAUACUCACUGCCUAUUCUCAGCCAAAACAGAUUCAGAAUAAAGAAAUAGGUCAUUUAUCUGUUUGAAACUGAAACCUGAUAAAAUGGUUUAAUCUGCAGAGGAAUGAUCAGCGUUAACUUUCCUUGAUGACUGGCCUGCUGCUGUGGUUCAAAUCUGCCCAUUUAAUAGAUUUCUAAUUAGAUGAAAGGUAUAGAGGCUUUACUGAUGGCAGUUUAAAUAAGAAACACACCAAUAUGUGUGUAUGUGUGUUGUACUGACAGUGACUUCCUUCCCUUUUGCGUUGUUAAGAUUUGUUUUAAAUAAAACUAUAAACAUGGUGAUUUUUUUUUCCUGUCUUGAGAUGUUUGCUCUGACAGAUGAAGCUGAAAAGAGGCCAAUCCUAUACUUGACUUUUAAUUCUUCACUUUUCUUUAAAUGUAGACCAGUUGUCUAGUUGUUACUCUUGUGUUUCUGAUUUGUGUGGUUAAUUACUUUCACACUGUGAUGCUAUGACCACUGACAGCUGUUCUCUCUGUGUGUUAAUGGUUUCAGAUAUUUUCAUUAAAAAGUGGUAAUGGCA